GAGUUGAGCUGUUUUGGGGUGAGGCGCACCGCUUUGGGGUGCACAACUUUCUGCGUGUUUGCGCAGUUUUGCAGCGCUUCACACACUCCGGAUAAACCGAAAUAGCAACUUUAAGCUCUGCGCAGCUCGGUGGCACAACAGUCAACUCUGCGGAAAUACCAGCGCAGACCGCUGCACGGCGGAGUUUUCACACAUUUCGCCGUCUCAUGUGUGGUCUAGACUUAGGGUUAGUUACUCGUUGAUGCGGGGAGAAAGUUGUGGACAUGUUUUCCUGGAAGUGCAACGGCUUUACGGAUGCAGUGUGCAACAUUGUAACUACAGCGUAAAUGAGCCUUUUCCAGCCCGUCCGGUUUCUGGAUUAUGUUUUUGUACGGUUGUAAACUCGCCUGUUCGCCAUAUUGUGCGCCGUAAAACUCGAGGGAAAGUUGUCAGAGUUAUGACAUUUGUUGCGCACAAUCCCUUCAUGGAGCUGCAUGCAGUCGACUUUGAUCGAAACCAAAGUGACUCCAUGGAGCUGGCCAUGGAGAGCUCUGCGCACCAUUGAUAAGGUCCGGCACCCUAAAGAGGAUGAGAAGAAUGGACAGCAAACCUCAGAUUUGAUUGCAGAAGGAGGUUUACAUGCUCCCCACCCAGCACUUUCCUUUGGGAUUUAUAUUUCCUCCCAAAUACCUCCCUAUUCACAAUUAAACAAAGACAUUUUCAGCCACAGCCGGUGAACGCACACUACGAAGGCGAUAACUCUGUUUUUGCACACUCAGAGAUCAAGAUUGAGAGCUCUGACUCAAGCAUUUUCAUAACAUUACUAUGAGUCUUCCUCCACAAGUUAAUCCUGACAAGAGCAGCAAGCAUCGGACUGCAGCCAUGAAAGAGCCUGUGCAGCAUUCAGGGGAGGUUUAUUAUGGUAUGGGACCUCCAGCUUUAGAGUCAAGCCACAGUGACUCCGCCAGCGGUUCUGGUGUUUAUAACCCCGAGAAAGGGCCCCAGGGUCUACCGCAUUAUCAACAGGCCGCUCCAGUAAAGUGGAUGCACCAGGAGUCCAUACAGGCCCCCGGCUGGUCUCAGGAAGCUCCUGUGCCAGCCUGGGGGCAGAACUUUGGCUCCUACAUGGGUGGAGUGAACGUCCGGGGUCAGAUGGCGUUCCACAAAGGAGUCCAUGAAGGUGUGGCUCUGCCGAUGGGAGAAAAUCAACUGCAAGCGCCUGUUGAGGUUUACAGAGAUGCCACUCAGGCUCAAGCUCAGGGGAGGGGGCAUGACUGGGAGCAGCAUGCCGCGGCUGCGAUGCACCAGGCUCAGCUGCAAGCCUAUCAGCACGGCCACAAAGGCGUAGAGCUCCAGGGUCAGUCCCACGUGCCGCCUCACACUUUGCAGGGGUCCAUGCUGCAACCCUUCCAGGCAACUUUUAGGCCCAGCAAGCAACAGUUUCCGUCUGGCUAUUACUCGGUUUUUCCGGGCAACAAGGGAAUGCCGAGCCUGGCUUACAGCGAGCAGCCUAAAACGCAGCAACAGCAGCUGCUGCACCAGAUGCAGCAACAGCAACAAAUGCACCAUCAUCAGCAACAGCAGCAGCGACAACAACAACAACAACAACAGCAACAACAGCAGCAGCAGUUGCAUCAACAGCAUCAACUUCAGUUGCAACAGCAGCAGCAGCAGCAGCAGCAUUUGCAGCAACAGCAGCACCAAAUUCAGCAGCAGCACCAAAUCCAACAGCAGCAACAAAUGCAGCAAAUACAGCAACAGUAUCAUCAGCAACAGCUACAGGAGCGACAGCAACAAAUGCAGCAAAUGCAGCAGCAGCAGCAGCAGCAACAACUGCAACAACAAAAUGUGCCACAGCAAGAAACGGCACAACUUCAGGUGCAACCAAAACAGCAACAAACCCAAAACUUUGCGACCUAUCAGCCUCCUGAGCCUUGUCCACCUGAGGCCGAGUCUAAAAAGAGUGAUGUCCAAACAGUGGAGCCGCAGCAGGAAGCAGAAGUCCAAACCCCUGAUGCAUCAGCCGUACCUGAUCCGUGCCCCGAAAAGGAGGCCACAAAUCCUGCAGAGCCGUCAGAUGCAGCGCCAGCCGCCCCUCGACGCUCGCGCCGCCUUUCCAGAGAGGGACAGUCCCCAUUGGGUCCCCCUUCAACAAACAUCUGGUCUCAAGCCUCCAAAGAGCCUCCACUGUCCCAGAAUGGAGUUGCUGGCGUACAGGCUGUGAAAGGAGGGGAAAGCCAAACUACAACAGGGGGAGUCAUCCAGAGCACCCGUAGGAGAAGGAGGGCGUCCAAGGAGAUCAACUUGGAAACUCUCGCUCAGAAGGCAUCAGAAAUGGAGUCCCUGCCUGCUAAAAUAAUCAAGGAAGACGGUCCUUCAGGCAGGCAGGCCACCAUGGUGCCUCUAGUCAUUCCUGUGUCUGUGCCAGUGCACAGGAGUCAAACGGAUCCUCAGGGCGCCUGGCCUCACGGACGACUCGGCCAGGCUGAGCGGCCUGCAGGGCAGUCUGAUCGCAAACCUUCUGUCAUCGUGGCUCGCCGGCGAUCACUCAGAAACUCCAUGACCGAGAGUUACGGCCAGGAUGGGGAGAACGAUCCAGGUCUGGAUGAGGAUGGAAAAUCCAAAUUUAAGCGCCGGCCUCGCCCGGAGCCCCUCAUCAUCCCUCCUCCCAAACCAUCCACCUUCAUCCCUCCAUCCGUUUACUCCAGCAUAACUUCCUACCAGAGCAACCUGCGCUCCCCAGUCCGCCUGCCGGACAACCCCCUCACCCUGCCCCCUUACACGCCUCCGCCCAUUCUGUCUCCUGUGCGGGAGGGCUCGGGUCUCUACUUCUCCACCUUCCUGACCAACAUCGCUGUGAGCAACCAAAUCCUGCCGCCGCCGGCUACACCCAAGACUGCAUCACGAAGUCUCUUGCGCUCCACAAGUUCAGAAAUCACACCGCCGGUCCUGCCCCUGAUCACUGAUGCCACACCUGUUAGCUUUGAACCGCGUAUCAACAUCGGACAGCAGUACCAGGCAGAAAUACCAGACAUGCAAGAUCAACCUUCCUCCCAGCUUGACGUGCACAAGGCUGACUUAGUUUGGCUCCCUCUGGAUGAAUCCCAACUUAAACACGGUGAUCAAGAAAGCAUGGGGGAUUUGAUGAACAUGGCUUGUUCCAGCGUGCUCAGAGGCGGAGGAACCAAUCAGGAGCUGGUUUUACACUGUUUACAUGAGACUGGAGGUGAUUUCCUUGAGACGCUGGAACGUCUGAUGCUUCAGGAUCUUCCAAUCUUCCCCAAAGGCCAUCACCUGACAGGUUAUCACUACUCAGGCUCCGACAGCUGGACUGCAGAAGAGAAGCGCUACUUCAAUAAAGGGAUCUCUGCCUACAGGAAGGAUUUCUUUCUGGUGCAGAAACUGGUGCGGACCAAGACUGUGGCUCAGUGUGUAGAGUUCUACUACACAUACAAGAAGCAGGUGAAGAUCGGUCGCAACGGGAUUUUAACCUUCGGCCCUCCAUAUUCACCAGUGGAUAAACACACUGAGGCCGUGGUGGACGUUAAGGGUUCACAGCAGUCAAAACCGACUCAAGGAGAGACGGAUGGGGAUGUAAAGAAGGAAGUUACUUAUGACCAGAUCCAAGAGAGCAGCCACCAGGCGAGGGUUGCUCAGUCACUACAGGCUCAUGACUAUGCAGGAACAGUGGUGAUGCUCAAAGAGCCGGGCAGUGUGAAUAAGGAGGCUCACCACCCGCCAGCACAUCACAGGUCUCGGGCUGAGCCGGCAGCAAAGAAGAGCAGAGCAGCUCCAACGAAGCCCUCGCAGGAUCCUGAUGCAAUUUUUCCAUGCAAGAAAUGUGGCAGGGUGUUUUAUAAAGUGAAGAGUCGAAGUGCCCACAUGAAGAGUCACGCCGAGCAGGAGAAGAAGGCUGCAGCACUGCGUCAGAAAGAGCAGGAGGAGCAGGCAGCAGCCGCAGCCCGGGCAAGAAAGGCAGCAGCGGCAGCAGCAGCGGCGGCGGCGGCGGCGGCGGCUCAUCAAGGCGGAAACGGAAACGGAGUGACGGAUCAGGCAGAGGUCAGCAGCCAGGAAGAUUCAUCUGAGGGAGAAGAUGACGAUGACGAGGACUGGCACUGAGAAACAAAACGCAAGAGAAAAAUCAAUGAGAAGAUGCAUUGAUGGGUAAAUAGAAGGUAGAGAUGGAGAUUUAAUUAGAAAGGGAGGGAUGAAAAAAAAGAUAUACUGCCCCACGGAGAGCAGAAUAAGCACAAGUCUUCCUGUUAACCCUUCACACUCCUUCCCUGGCUGAUGUCGGCUCUGUGUGACCGUUAUACAACUUUACACCCAUCAGCCAGGAAGUGUCACUUCACGUUUUCACACAUUUGUAUCUCUUAAAUAUUCAGAGGAAGUUUAUUUUUUUGAAAUGCACUUAUCUGUAUGCUUCUGCUUUUGCCAAUAUUGCAUUCUUUUUUUAUAUCCUUUAUUUAAUUGAGUAUAUGUCAAAAUAUUACACAUUUUCAUUGUGUGGACUUGCAAUUGUUAUUUGAUAUUUCACAAGAUAAUCAGGACGACUGUUCAGCAAUAAUACAUCAAGAUCAAAGCAAUCUUUCACUUUAUGGUAGCGGCCCUUUUAAAUAAUGAUAGAAUAAGAGCUUGUAUUGUAAAUCUUUUUCUUAGGAAAGUACUAUGAUGGAUGUUGCAGAUUUCCAUAUGAUUUUUAGGCUGGUUGUACACUUAUUUUUACAACUAAGGGACCUUUAAAAUGAAAAAUGUACAAAAAAGUAUAUAUGAAAUUUCCAUAUAUUUAUGAUACUGCAUUUUGCAAUGAUUUUCGUAAUAUAAAAAAAACUAAUCAUGUCAGCUGCAAUAUGACUUGUGAAUUGAAAAGUUUAUUAAAAUCUCUGCUGUUGUGAUGAAA